AUGGUUUUCACUCCUUCCGGCGUGGGGAACUUUAACAGCUGGUGUAGUGUUGAAGAGUGUGGUGGAGGAGAAGAUGCAGGUGGCGGAGGAGAAGAUGGAUUACUUGGGGGAGGAGAUGAGGGUGGCAAUGAAGGUGGUGGACUUGAUUCCUUAGGUGGAGAUGGCGGUGGAGUUUCUUCCUUGGGAGGAGAUGGCGGUGGAGUUGAUUCCUUAGGUGGAGAUGGCGGUGGAGUUUCGUCCUUAGGAGGAGAUGGCGGUGGAGUUGAUUCCUUAGGAGGAGAUGGCGCUGGAGUGUAA